AUGACAACUAGACUCAAGGAUGGUACAAUAUCUAGAAAACAUUACUCUAAUGUUGCACAUUACACACAGUCCGUUGAUCACUCCUUCUCUGGUGUUACUUGUAUUGCUCAUAUUACAGAUACUAGUGAACCUUCUCAUUUUAGAUUGGCUGCUUCUCAACCUCAUUGGCAGCAAGCUAUGCAAGAGGAAUUUGAUGCUCUUACAGUUCAAGGCACUUGGGUUUUAGUGCCUCCUCCACCAAACAGAAAUAUUCUUGGUAGUAAGUGGAUUUACAAAGUCAAGAAAAAUCCAGAUGGGUCUGUGUCAAGAUAUAAAGCACGGUUGGUUGCUCAGGGUUUUAGUUAG